CGGAAGACAUACAUAGUGCUCUCAAUUAUCAGCCGUGGAGUAUAUUGUUUCUUCAAUAUAAAAACCCUAAUUUUCUUGUUCUCUACUCUGUCAUUGGCUUCCCCCAGAUUCCGAUCCAUUUCUUUAAACACCAAAGCUUCAUCUAUGGCCAGCACCGAUCCUGAACGCAGAGACGACGAUGAGGCUCCUGCCGGAGAGAUGAAAGACACUGGAGCUCAAGUCGCCCCGAUCGAAAUGGAGGCCGUCGACGUUACCACUGGUGAAGAAGACGAGGACGCUAUUCUCGAUCUGAAGGCAAAACUGUAUCGAUUCGAUAAAGAUGGAAACCAAUGGAAGGAGAGGGGUGCUGGUACUGUUAAGUUUUUGAAACAUAAGCAGACUGGAAAGGUUCGCCUUGUUAUGAGGCAGUCUAAAACGCUUAAGAUCUGCGCUAAUCAUCUUGUUCUUCCAUCAAUGACGGUUCAAGAACACGCUGGAAAUGAUAAAUCGUGCGUGUGGCAUGCGACUGACUUCGCUGAUGGAGAACUGAAAGAUGAGCUUUUCUGUAUCAGAUUCCCAUCUAUUGAGAACUGCAAAUCUUUCAUGGAAACGUUCCAAGAAAUUGCCGAGGCCCAACAGAAGAAGGUGGAGAAUAAAGAUGCAUCUGCUGCAGCCGGAUUACUUGAGAAACUGAGUGUUGAAGAAAAAAAGGCUGAAGAUAAAGCUGGGGAGGAACCCGCCAAACCUAAGAAAGAGGAUGACCCCAAGGAGGGCGAGCCAGAAAAUUCAGAUGCAGAGAAGAAAAAUGAUGAGUAGCUGGCUGAUGAUAUUAUCAGAGAUUUUGAUACGAAGUCGACCUCUCUUCCAUCCAUGUCUUGGUGCAUUUAAACAACAUAGUCAGUUCUUGGAUUGAAUUUCUUCUGGGCUGAAAGAGAGUGGGAGUCGUCUAAACUGUACUUUGAUUGAGUCCCUUUCCAAUUUUUUUCCUUUCUU